CGCGAGGCACGACGGGAGCUGGGAGGAAAGAUGGCGGCGCCCAGUUCGCGGCUCUGCGGCUUCCGCCAGAGCGCGAUGGCGGCGUGCGCGUGGCGGGCUGCGGGGUGCGGCCGGAGCUUGAGCACCGCUUCUCCCGCUGCUGCUCCCCGGCCGUGGAAGCUCUUCGGGGCUCUGUGCCUGCUGAGGCUGCCCCGCAUCACGCAGCCCCUCCGGAAGGAGGAAGAGGAGAUGGCGGCCCUCAUGGAGCAGAUAGAGCUGGAGAAAAGCCACUACUCUGACCACGAAAUCCGCAAGCUGGAGGAGGAGGAGCAGCUCAGAAGGAGGAAGGAAGGCUUGCAUGAUGAUGAAGAUGAAGAGCUGGGCAGAACGGUUGUUAUGGCUCAGGACCUGGAGGAGAAGUGGGAACAGAAGCUGCUGCAGUUCAGCCCGGCCCCGCGGAUUACAGAGGCUGAUAAAAAAAAUGAUCGAACAUCAUUGAACAGAAAGCUGGACAGUAACCUGAUGUUGCUGGUGAAACAGAAAAUUGGUAACCAAGAGCUGUGGCUCCUGCCUCAAGCGGAAUGGCAGCCUGGAGAGACUCUGCGAAGCACAGUUGAGCGAGCCAUGGCUACGUUUUUAGGCGAACACAUUCAAGCCAAAAUCCUGGGGAAUGCACCAUAUGGGAUUUACAAGUAUAAAUUCCCCAGGGCCAUCAGGACUGAGGAUAACGUGGGAGCCAAAGUAUUCUUCUACAAAGCCUUCCUCCAAAGCAGUGAUUUGUCCCAGGCAGAGCUGAAGAAAGAUUAUCUGUGGGUUACAAAGGAUGAGCUGGGAGAUUACUUGAAGUCGGAAUACCUGAAAAAAAUCAAUCGAUUCCUUCUGGACUUAUAAGUGAUAGGCUGUGCUCAGGCAGAUGGGGAAGAUGUGGAAUGUGACUCUGGGGAGGAGCACAGCUGCUGCUUCGUGUGGUCUGUGUGAAUGGGAUGUUAAGCAGGACUCUGGAGGAUAAACUGCCUUUGCCUUAUUUCCCAGUUCUCUUCACCAGGCCUGUAUUAAAUAAAUAUUAAAACUUUAUACUCCCAA